UGGGAAAGCAGGAACCACGGAAACGGAGUUGUCGGUCGCCUUCAAUUUUUCCCCCUAAAAUGCUUAGGUACCUAAAUUUACUCAUAAUAGCCUGUACUACAAACCAAAUAUUUGACAAAGGGCACGCGGAAGCCGCACCAGUAAAUCGAUAAAGCCCAAAACAUCUCAAAGGACAAUGCGAUAGUUUGGCGCUUCAUUUAGAAUUAAAUCCUAAAUUUACAACAUUCGAUCCUUUCAGACCAUUCCAACAUUCCCUUCCACAAAUCAUCACCACCCUAAUACUUCCCGAGCACGCCUAGGUGCCUCACCUAUAUUCCAUCCACCAAAUCACCCCACCUGGACAUCGGUUCGAAUCCUAACUAUGGAGUCCCUCCGACAACAACUAUCCGACACUCAGGGAGCCCUCACGUCAAAGAUUUUUCAAACGAGGGAGCUAAAAGCGGCACAUAACGAAGCGCUGAAUACUUGGAGGCAAGAAAAGCAAACCUUUGAAGCAGAAAUUCAACGACUCAAAGAUGAAAUCCAACAACUACGCCAAGGAAAUAGAUACAACCCUGGAGCUAGUGUCGAGUCAUUGCAUACAAAAGAUGGUUUGCAAGAUGCAAAUGGAAGCUCAAGCUUGAUUCUGAUGGGUAGUAAAGUGGGCCUUUCUCCGGGCACGCAACAAGGGAAUGAAGAGACGAUCACGAUCACACGUUCUCGGAUGCAAGAGGUGGAGUCGAAAUAUAGAAAUGUGACGGACGAGUUGGCAGCUAAAACAAAACUCUGCGAAACCUUACAGCAACAACUUCAGGCCCAAGACGGCAAUAGGAUCGGAGCUUCAUAUCCUAGCGACCUCUCCGAUAGCAUAGUUAUAGGGCGAUGGGAAACGCUACGAAAUCAGAUCCGAACAAUUUCGUUGGAGAAAUUCAACGAGACGAUACAACCGAGACUGGUACCGGAGAAGGCAAGACGAGAGUUUGAUUACCUAUCAACACACUGGAAGUCUUACUUAACCAGCAAGAACUUGGCUAGCUACCUCUUCCGAGCUUUGAUCUGGCGAUACGUAUACACUACGCUAUUCAGCCGACACUUUCGCGUAUGGGGAAAGCCUAUUGACAAUGUUGCUGAGAAGUUGGAGAGCAUGUUUGCUGCUAAAGCAUCGGAGACGGAGAUUCUGAACUGGCGCACGCAGACGACACGUAUAUUCCAUCAAUCAUUCCAGACCGACCCGAAUGUCGCGACUGACGCGGCGAAUAAGAUUUUCGAUGCGACUUCGCAAUUCGCGACGAGCGCCGACGAAGAUGCUCUAAAACGCAGUAUACAGGAAAUCGCUACUACAGCAGUAGAUCUCAGUAGCAUGUUCGAUCGUUCACGAUUACUAGUGUUGAUGUCGAACAAGCCCGGCAGCCAGCUCACACAUGGAUUCCCGUACCAAGAAGCGACGAUGGAGAUGAAGGGCAAGCUUAGCGGACAGCUAGUGGUGGAUAUGGUAGUAUCGCCGUGUCUACUCAAGAAGGAGGAAGACUACUCAGUCCUUGUGAAGGCGGAGGUCAUGUGCUAAGGAGAACGUGGUGGGGGGAACGGUUCAUAAUAGAGAGGGAUUUCACUGCUCAUUGGGAACAUAACCGCGAUGAAUAAACGAAAAUCUGGAGGGAUGGAAUGUGAUAACGACACAAAAUUGCCCUUUGCAUACUUCACAAGAGGGGAUACACGAACGGACUACGUGAUACCCAGGCUACUUAGGGAGUUAAUGCGUUGAUGCGCUGAAUUAGAUAGUGCGGAAAAUUGAGAUAUUUACUGAACAUUACUAUACGAAUUUCAGCGUUGCUAACGGAGG